AUGUCCACAUUUUUGAUCGUCAAUAGCCCCCUUCUUUUGAAAAAUCUCAUUCAAACCCUGGGCACUUCCAUCAUUAUGAAGCCCCAAACGUCGACGGUCAUCUUAGGGCUUUGCACUUCAGCCCUUGCCCUCCCUUUCGGCAAUAAUCAAAAUGAGAAUCCAACCAAGACAACGCAGGCAUCUAAGCGUCAAGAUGUCGCAAACCCCAACCCCUCUGCUACGGCAGAAAACGCGGCCCCAAACCCCAUGAGCCAGGCGGGUGGGUUUUCGUUCCCCGGCUUCGGCGGAGGACAGUUCAAUGGCCAAACCCAGGGCGCUCAGACCUCAGGUUUCGGAGGCUUCCCAGGAGGUGGAAGCUUCACUGGCGGAGGAGGCUUCCCCGGCGCCGGACAGGGACAGGGUUCGCCCUUCACAGGUGGUUUUGGCUUCCCCGGCUCACCAAUCCAAGGAGCAGAGAGUGAGGGCGCUACUCAGACUGUUGAGCCCUCGGAAUCCGGUAACCUUCCCGGAGGUGCAGGCUUCGGUGGAGGCUUUGGAGGUUUCUCAGGCAGCGGAGGCUUUGGCGGAGGUUUCCCAAGCGGCGGAGGCUUUGGCGGGGGUUUCCCUGGCUCACCAACCCAAGGGGCAGAGAGUGAGGGCGCUACUCAGACUGUUGAGCCCUCGGAAUCCGGUAACCUUCCCGGAGGUGCAGGCUUCGGUGGAGGCUUUGGAGGUUUCUCAGGCAGUGGGGGCUUUGGCGGAGGCUUCCCAAGCGGCGGAGGGUUCGGCGGAGGCGGCUUCCCGGGCUUUCCUACUUCAUCAAGCCAGGAAGAGAGCCAGCAGUCUGCCCAAACUACCGAAGCCCCGGCCUCUAAUAGCUUCUUCGGCGGAGGAAGCUUCCCUAGCGGGGGCUUCGGCGGCGGGGGUUUCGGUGGCGGAGGCUUUCCGGGGUUCUCCAACGCUCCAAGCCAAGAUGCUUCGGCCUCUGGUAGCCCCUUCGGUGGUGCUGGUGGUUUCCCCAGUGGAGGUUUUUCCGGAGCCGGUGGCUUCUCGGGCUUCGGCCAGGGCUCAGGUUUCCCAGGGUUCUCUAACGCUCCGGGCCAGGGAGCGGGCGCAGAUGCUUCCCAAGGCGCUGAGCCCCCGGCAUCUACGAGUCUCCCCUCAGAUGAUGGAAAUCAGGUAACAAGUGCCAGAGAAGCUUCCAACAUCCCAAGCCAAGGAGAAGACGAAGUUGGCCCGGAAACCUCCGACACUCCUAGCCAAAGCGAAGGCGAGGAUGCCCCUCAAGAUACGGAAGCCCCGGUUUCUAGUGGCCUCUUCGGAGAAGGUGAAGGUCCUUCAGCAAGCGCUGGAUUUUCUGGCUUCGGCCAGGAAUCGGGUUUCCCGGAUUUCUCUGACUCCUCAAACCAAGGAGGGUUCGGUCAGGGAGGCUUUGGCCAAGGAUCAUUCUCUGGUUUCUCCAACCCAAGCCAAGAGGGAGAAGGCGAGAGCCCCUCCCAGGAUGCCUCAAACCAAGGAGGGUUCGGCCAAGGCGGGUUCGGCCAAGGCGGUUUCGGUCAGGGAGAAUUUGGCCAGGGAUUAGAUUUCUCUGGUUUCUCCAACCCUACAGGCCAAGAGGGAGAAGGCGAGAGCCCCUUCCAGGAUGCCGAGAAUUCCCCGGAUGGUGGUUUCUUUGGAGCUGGAGGCUUUUCAGGCUUCAAUCAGGAAUCCGGGUUCGCAGGUCCCACGGGCCCUCCCACUCCCACGAGCCAAGGGGAGGAGAAUGGAGGCACCCAGGGACAAGAAGAAACCUCCGACGAGGCACAGGACACUUCUGGUCUACGCCCAGGAUUGCCAGGAAAUGGAGGCUUCCCAGACUUUCCAUGGCCGCCUGGAAAUGACAAUGAGACCGACGAGAACGCCACGACCAAUGGGGCCCCUAGUCCAUUCGGCAACUCUGCGACAGGCACGUUCUCAGGAUUUGGUGGACAGUCAUUUGGCCAGCCCACCAGUGUGCCAGAUACCACUGAAGAUUCCGUGACGGAUGGAUUCGCAGGCAUAGCAGGCGGCCAGGAUGUGCCAGAAACGCCUGUCGAUGCACCUGAGCCGGAGGAGGAACAAGAAACCUCAACCUGAAUUUGAUGCUUCAAAAUGUAUUUUCCUUUUGUCAUGGGUGUUUUUUGAUUUCCUUAUUCACUAAUUCUCUCCUUUCCCUCUUUUUUCUCUUUUUGUUUCUGUUUAUUGUGAGAUCCACGUCACUUUUUGGGAGAUGGGUUAUGUCUGUAGGUACUGGUGGAAUAGAUCAAAAGAUAUAUGUUGCUGUCGUUAUGAUUAUUCAUUUGAUGCUUUGCAAAGGGUCUGAAACGAACGUCUUCCAUCUAGUGCUAGUCGGUGACCAUCUUGCCUAGAGAUAUGACUCAGAUAAACAGGCUUGACACAGAGUGUUCGAG